AUGGCUAAGGGAAAGAAAAGCGCUCACACUAAAAGUAAGAUCAUCACUUUAAAGAUGGCCCAAGAUUGUGUGCAGCUCAGUCUGGAUGGCAAACGUUGUCUAGAUUUGAGUUUGAAGGCGAUCAGCACGGUGCCAAAGUGCAUCCAGAAGCUGUUUGAGAUGGAUGAACUGAACCUGAGCAGAAACCUGAUCAGAAAGGUCCCGGACUUCACUGACAAUUUCAUCAGCAUCAAAGUUUUGGAUCUGCACACUAACUAUCUGGAGGAGCUCCCUGUGUCUAUUGGUCGACUACAGAACCUGCUGGUCUUAAACCUCUGUAACAACCGUCUGACAGGCCUCCCCAGUGAGGUUGGCCUCCUGAAGAAGCUCCACACCCUCAACCUGGGGCUGAACCUGCUCAACGCUCUCCCCGCCUCUAUCGCUGGGCUGAAAGAGCUCUGUCACAUCGGCCUCUCUGACAACAGAUUCGAGCGCUACCCUGGCUGCCUCUUAAAGCUACCAAAGCUGGAGAAGGUCAACCUGGACAGAAACCCCCUCCUCUCUGAGAAAACAACCAACCAGGAGUCACCAGUGCUCACAGAGAGGCUGCACAUGGUGAAGGAGAGCUCCCUGUGUGAGGACUGUCUCUGUAAGUUCAAAGCUGAGAUGAGGAUGCUGGAGGAUGCUGAAUGGAAUGAACCUUAA